AUGGCCACAGGAGAUGAAUAUCGUGUUUCGAAUUUCAAUCAAUCCAGCAAAAAGUUCGGAGCUAGCGGCCUAAAUGUCAAUAAUGCUCACGACGUGAAAGAAUUUAACGAUGAAGUUUUCAUUACCGAUACAAAUAAUCAUCGAGUUGUUGUGACUGCCCUGGACGGUUCACUACGACGUUAUAUUGAAUGUCAAGAUGAAUCACUAAAUGGAGACUUUGAUCCAUGGGGUAUUGCCAUUUCAGUGACCAGUGAGAUGUACGUUACCGAUAUGAAAAGUCACGUAGUCCUAAAGUUUGAUACCACAGGGAAACUAAGUCAGAAGUUUGGUUCUGCUGAAUUACAGAAACCGUAUGGAAUCGCGAUGGCAUCCGCGAAUGCGCGCUCGAAGAUAUUGGUGGUCGAUUUAAAGCGUUGCUGUGUGUGCAUUUUUAAUCACGGUGGUAUAUUAUUGAGGGUAUGCGGACAUCGCGGUAAAGGUCUAAAUGAGUUAGACGUACCACGGCUUAUAGCUCUGAACAGCAAAGGGAAUUGGAUCAUUGCCGACUAUGGCAACCGCCGGUUAAUCAUCAUCGAAGGUGAAGAUAAUCCACCGCGGAGCGUGUCAAUAAAACCGGAGAAUAGGAAUUACUUAGUCCGAGGAGUGACUGUUGAUGAAAAAGACAACAUAAUUGUCAGUGUUAUUUCGCAUAAAACACCGAUGAUAGGCAGACACUGUAGUGUAUUGAUGUAUAACUCAGAAUAUACCUACAUGGGUUGUAUUUCUAAGCCUACCGAUGUAUAUAUGCCCCGUGGUAUGUGUGUCACACACAAGAAUGAGGAAAAGUCUCUUCUUGUGGCGUGUCAUGAUGGAAUUCAUCAAUAUACAUUUGUGGAAACGACAAGCCAAACCAGUCACUCGUCGGAAAAAUCAAUUAUUAGUUAUUAAUACAAGGUUUAACGGUAAAAUGAGUGCUAUAAAAUGGUAAAAGAAUCAUUUAAA